CGUAGCCUUCGGCAUCCAAAUCUCUAUUGCGUUCCUCUCCUCCUCUUCUUCCCUUCUACGCCAGGUGGGUUUGAAGGAACCCGGCAUUUUCCCAUGUUUAGGCUUCAAAAAGCAACCGAAAGCGGGGCAUAUUAGGCCUUCCGCCCAUUCAUUCGCUCGGGUUGUCGGGGGAGCGGAAGGAUUUAGGGUUGACAGAUCGGUAUCGGCUGUCAUUGGAGCCAAUGGUACUUCCUUUCUAGCGUUUGCUUUCCUUUCUUGCUCUUCCCAUUGCUAGAAAUCUCUCAAGUUUUGGAGCAUAAAAGAGCAGACAAAUCGACGAGCGCGAUCUACCCUGCGUCAUCAGGAGUUUCUGGAAUCUGGAAAUUUGGUAGUCGUCAGAGAUGAAAGCUUCUGGCUCUUCCAGCUCAAAGAUCUGUUCUUGGGGUGAUUUCUUGCCUUUCUAGGGUGAGCCUCAGUGUUUUCCGGCGGAAAGUUACGAUCUUGGCGGGUUUCUCUGCGGAAAAUUCUGCAAAUUUUAGUUAUAUACCGGUUUUCUGACGCACUCAGGAGAUCACUGCACUGGUGUUCUUCGAUUUUUUCCUUUUUUCUGAAUGCUUUAUUAAAGCUCAGUGCGCAAUAGAGAAGAGGAGACUGUGUGUUCGGUGAAAUUUCUGAGGGGUACCGGAGGCACUUUUCUUGCUGUUGUUUAGCUCUGUUGCUUUUGGCUUUUUUCUAUUCCGCCAAAGAAGGAUACCUCUCCGUUCUGUGAACUUUGUCCCUAGGCGAAGAUUCCCCUCCUAAGGAGUGAGCCUGGAGGCAUCUAGUCUGGUGUCGUCCGUCUGAUCUGGUGCCACUCCUCGGGGUUAACUCAUGGAAGUGGCUUGUUGUGGCCAUCAUGUUUGCCAUUUUUGAAUCCUUGGCCCAUCCACCAACAGAUCUUGGUUUUCCUUGAAAGGGUUCCUUCAUUUGUUUAGCUGCAUUCUUGUCGCAUAGGAGAAGAUGCGGGGUGCUGUCCUUGUUGCGAUUGCUGCCUCAAUUGGUAACCUUUUGCAGGGGUGGGACAAUGCUACCAUUGCAGGUUCUAUACUGUACAUCAAAAAGGAAUUUAAAUUGGAUUCUGAGCCUACCAUAGAGGGACUAAUAGUUGCUAUGUCGCUUAUCGGGGCUACUAUCAUCACAACAUUUUCUGGUCCAGUAUCAGACUGGGUUGGCAGACGGCCAAUGCUAAUCAUCUCAUCAAUUCUCUAUUUUCUUAGUGGUCUAGUGAUGUUGUGGUCGCCCAAUGUCUAUGUCCUACUCUUGGCAAGGCUAAUUGAUGGAUUCGGGAUUGGUCUAGCAGUCACACUCGUUCCCAUAUAUAUUUCUGAGACGGCUCCACCAGAGAUAAGGGGAUCAUUGAAUACCCUCCCACAGUUCAGUGGCUCUGGAGGAAUGUUUAUAUCAUAUUGUAUGGUUUUUGCAAUGUCACUAAUGGUGAACUCGGACUGGAGAGUGAUGCUGGGAGUUCUCUCUAUCCCUUCCCUCCUUUAUUUUGCACUAACCAUUUUCUUUUUGCCGGAAUCUCCAAGAUGGCUUGUAAGCAAAGGAAGAAUGGUUGAGGCCAAACAGGUUUUGCAGAGAUUGCGGGGAAGGGAAGAUGUCUCUGGAGAAAUGGCUCUUCUUGUCGAGGGUUUGGGAGUAGGUGGUGAGACUUCCAUUGAAGAGUACGUAAUUGGACCGGCUAAUGAGCUCACUGAUGACCAGGGGGCAACUGCUGAUAAGGACCGUAUCACAUUGUAUGGGCCUGAGGAAGGCCUUUCAUGGGUUGCCCGGCCUGUCAAAGGCCAAAGUUCCCUUGCUCUUGUAUCUCGCCGUGGUAGCAUGGAAAAUCAGCGUGGUGUGCCAUUAAUGGAUCCUCUGGUUACCCUAUUUGGAAGUGUCCAUGAAAAAUUACCUGAGAUGGGUAGCAUGCGAAGCACAUUGUUUCCUAAUUUCGGAAGCAUGUUUAGUGUGGCAGAUCAGCAACACAAAACCGAGCAGUGGGAUGAGGAGAGUCUUCAACAGGAGGGUGAAGGUUAUGCAUCUGAUGCUGGAGGAGGUGAUUCUGAUGACAAUUUACAAAGUCCAUUGCUUUCUCGCCAAACAACAAACGUGGAAGUGAAGGAUAUUGGCCAACAGCAUGGAAGUAUUAUGAGCAUGAGGAGAAAUAGCAGUCUUAUGCAGAAUGGAGGAGAGGCAGUUAGUAGUAUGGGUAUUGGUGGGGGUUGGCAAUUGGCAUGGAAAUGGUCUGAGAGAGAAGGUGCAGAUGGGAAAAAGGAAGGUGGGUUUAAAAGAAUAUAUUUACACCAAGAGGGUAUUCCUGGGUCGAGGAGGGGUUCCCUUGUUUCCCUUCCAGGAGUUGAUAUUCCUGAAGAAGGUGAAUUUGUUCAGGCUGCUGCUUUGGUUAGCCAACCUGCUCUGUUCUAUAAGGAGCUUAUGGAUCAGCACCCUGUGGGGCCCGCCAUGGUUCAUCCAUCAGAAGCAGCUUCUAAAGGGCCAAAUUGGCAAGAUCUUUUUGAACCUGGUGUGAGACAUGCUUUACUUGUUGGAGUUGGGAUCCAGAUACUUCAGCAGUUUGCUGGCAUAAAUGGGGUUCUCUACUACACUCCUCAGAUACUUGAGCAAGCUGGUGUUGAAGUUUUACUAGCAAAUAUUGGGAUUGGCUCGGCUUCAGCAUCUAUCCUCAUUAGUGCUCUCACAACUUUGUUGAUGCUUCCAAGUAUUGGUCUUGCCAUGAGGCUCAUGGAUAUCUCAGGAAGAAGGUUCCUUCUGCUGUCCACAAUCCCUGUCUUGAUAUCUUCACUGGUUGUCUUGGUUGUGGCUAACCUUGUGGACAUGGGAACUGUGGUUCAUGCCGUGCUCUCGACCGUCAGUGUUGUCAUCUAUUUCUGCUGCUUUGUCAUGGGAUUCGGCCCAAUUCCCAAUAUUCUUUGUGCCGAGAUCUUCCCAACUCGGGUCCGUGGUGUGUGCAUAGCCAUCUGUGCCCUCACGUUCUGGAUUGGUGACAUCAUUGUCACAUACACACUUCCUGUUAUGCUCAAUUCUAUUGGCCUUGCCGGUGUCUUUGGAAUAUAUGCAGUUGUGUGCACCAUAGCUUUGGUAUUUGUGUUCUUGAAAGUUCCUGAAACAAAGGGCAUGCCACUUGAGGUCAUCAUGGAGAUCUUUGCCGUUGGGGCAAAACAAGCUGCAAUAGAUUGAUUUCUUUUACUUAUUUGGAUGAGGGACUACAAUUAUCAUUUGAUCUCCAGGUAAUGUUCUUCUCUGGUCAAAGAUCAAAAUUGACGUUUAAGAUGGUUAGAGAGAAUAGGAUUGGGAUGAGAUGAAAAUGGAACGGUAACUGAGCAUGAAUAAGGGACUAGAGGAUAUUAACAAGCUAUUAAAGGUCACUACUAUCAAUUGCUUAUAUUCAGCAAAUGUAUGUCUUCGAUUCAAUGAUCUGUGAGCAUCAAUCUUUCUUUUCUUGAAUUUCAUUCUAUAUGGUGUUUGAUGGAGUCAGUAUAACUACUGCAUGAAAUGCAUUUGGCAGCUCUGAAGUUCUUAGUCUUGGAGGUCACAAUUCAAGCAUGUUUUCCUUGUUCUAGGCACUGGAGUCAUCAAUACUUGGCUAUGUCAGCACUGAGGGGAUCAUUGAAGGACACAGGAAAACUUGUCAGUGAGUUUGGAACUCUAAGGCUAAGGCAUCAGGCAGAAAAAAAGAAAUUUUAUGCAUUUGAUCCAUGUUAAGAUUUAUUUACAAUGACUUUGGCUUUCUUUCUUCAUGUUGUCUCUUCCUAAAACUCUGAAAAUUAUAGCGUCUUAUUUGGUAUGGGUUGCAAAAUUUUUAACUGAAGUUGGUCAUAUCUUCUGCUUGGAUGAUAUGCAUCAAUGUUUGAUGGCUGCUAAAGAAGUUUUGGAUCCAAUUGUAUCACAUUACAUUUUAUCUGUAGAAUUGGGCACUUGUGCCAUCCUUUCUUUUA